UGCGCAGGGCGGCAGGCGGAAGCAGGUGCCUCCCGCUGCCCUGUGUCCCACAGCCAGGGAUCUCCCAGCAAGCCCAGGCAGAGGCUGCGGGGCUGGAGGCAGCCAGGCGAGCUGGGACGGACGCCCGCCCCGUACCAGGGUGCUCCCGUGAAAGCAGCAGGACGCCCUCGCAGGUGCCCCCCCGAUGCAGCAGGCACCUGAGGGGCACAGCCCAGCCCGGGGCCCCCCAGCCGAGGCCAAGGAGACGGAGAUCAAAGCUGUCAUCGUCGGGGAUGGGGGCUGCGGGAAGACGUCACUGCUCAUGGUCUUUGCCAGAGGGGACUUCCCCAAGGUCUACGUCCCCACGGUGUUCGAGAAGUACACGGCCUCCUUCCAGGUUGGCAGCAAGCCUGUGAAAAUCCACCUCUGGGACACAGCAGGACAGGAAGACUACGACAGGCUUCGCCCGCUGUCUUACUCAGACGCCAAUGUUAUCCUUAUGUGCUUUGAUGUCACCAACCCCAGCAGCUAUGACAACAUCCUAACAAAGUGGUACCCAGAGGUGAACCACUUCUGCAAGGGUGUCCCCGUGGUGCUGGUGGGCUGCAAGACCGACCUGCGGAAGGACCGGGCCGUGCUGCGCAGGCUCCAUGAGGACCGCCUGGAGCCCAUCACCUACCAGAAGGGGGAGGCCAUGGCGCGGCUGGUCCAUGCAGCAUCCUACUUCGAGUGCUCGGCCAAGUACCAGGAGAACAUCUCGGCCAUCUUCGCAGCGGCCUGCAGCGCCGCGCUCAGGGCCGCACGGAGGACCCAGCGCCGGAGGCGACCCAAGCAGGGCUGCGUGCUCUGCUGAGCUCCCCCCGCACCCGGUGGGAUCCUGCCUGCCCCAUGCGGAGUGGCGUCUCUCCUGGCCCGCAACGGACCCGGCGUGCCCGGAGCUGCUUGCCCCGUGCCCCCCGGCGGCACCGUCCUGGAGGGUGUCCAUGCGGCACAAGCCCAGCAUGAGAGGCGAGGAAGCUGCUCUGCCAGGAGAGCCCAGGCAGCUGGGCGCCAUGCUCCCCCUGCGGAUUUGGCUGUGGAGGACUGAUUUGCCAAGGGGGGGCGGCUCCCUCUCUGCUGCGCCCCGAGCACCGCUGGCGGGCUAACGAGGGGUCCGGGGUUCGCUGCGCGGCUCCGGCAUGGCACUGCGAUUAAAGCAUGUAACCCA